AUUGGAACUAAGGUCUAUGUUCUUAAUGUAACCUAAAAUAAAUAAAAAACUUGCCGUAAAUAAACAAAGUACCUAAUUUAUAAUGAAAAUGGGAUGGAAAAGAGUACUGCUUUCAAAAAAAUUAAAAAUUAACUUGUAUUGCGCAUCAAGGCUCAAGUCCUACUCUCAUACAGUAAUCUUACCAAAAACAGAUCUUCCACUUCGACUGGAAAACAAAAAGUUAAUCGAACGAGAUUCUAGUUUAAAUGAGUUGCUAAGAAAACAUGAUGUAUAUAGCUGGCAGAAACUUUUUUUAACUGAACCAGAGUUCAUUUUGCACGAUGGACCACCUUAUGCAAAUGGUAUUCCUCACAUGGGGCAUGCAAUUAAUAAAUUGUUUAUAUUGUUCACAGAUAUUAAAGGAUGUUAUUAUAAGACAAAAAAUAUUAGAAGGUAAAAAAGUAAAUUAUAUCCCCGGAUGGGAUUGUCAUGGCUUGCCGAUUGAAUUGAAAGCAAUAAAAAAUCAGAACUCUGUAACAGAUCCUUUAGAAAUAAGAAAUAAGGCUAGAAAAUAUGCUCAACAAGCAAUUGAAGAUCAAAAGAAAAUAUUCCAAUCCUGGGGGAUUUUGGGAGAUUGGAAUAAUAUAUACACCACAUUCAGUAAAGAUUACAUCAUUAACCAGUUCAGGCAAUUUUAUGAAUUAUAUUCAAAAAAUCUCAUCUUCAGGGAUACCAAACCAAUCCAUUGGUCACCUUCGUCAAAAACAGCACUAGCUGAAUCAGAAUUGGAAUAUAACGAAAAUCAUCAGAGUUCAAGUAUUUAUGUACGGUUUAAAAUUGAAAAUUUUCCCAAACUGGGGAUGUCAAUUGAUAAACCUAUUUACGCAUUAGUCUGGACAACGACUCCAUGGACAUUACCAUCCAAUCAAAGUGUAUGCUAUAGUCCAAAAUUAACUUACUGCCUCUGUACAACAGAUUCUGGAAAUACCAUCUUCAUUGCUGCUGUAGAAAGGUUAGAGGAACUCAAAAUUACACUCAACUGUAAUAUUGAACUACUGCAAAUAUUACCUGAUGGAAUACUCUCUGGGGCUGAGUAUAGACAUCCUAUUUAUAAGGAUAAAAUCUUGCCUUUUUUACCUGCAUCUCAUGUUAGCAGCGAUAAAGGGACUGGACUUGUGCAUACAGCACCAGCACAUGGUCCGGAAGAUUUCUUAGUAGCCUUAGAAAAUAAUUUAUCAAUAGUUGAUCUUGUGAAUGAAGAAGGUUCUUAUAAAAAAGAAGCAGGACCUGAUUUGGAAGGAAAAUUUGUUCUUGAAGAAGGUAAUCAGACUGUCAUUCAAAAGCUCGAUGAAGAUUUGGUAAAUCAUUCAAAAAUCACCCAUAGCUAUCCCUACGAUUGGAGGACAAAGAAACCUGUGAUAAUAAAAGCAAGUCAACAGUGGUUUUUGAACACAAAUGCAGUGAAGGACAAGGCAUUGGAACAUGUCUCUAAAUUAACUUUCAUUCCCAAUGUGAGAAGCUCAGUUUUCAGGGAAGAAUUCAGGAAACAAAUAGGAAAACGUCCUUUUUGGUGUAUUUCAAGACAAAGAACUUGGGGUGUACCGAUCCCAGUAUUCUUUCACCAAAAAACCAACGAAAUUAUAUUCAAUCAGGAUAUCAUCGACUAUCAGUGCAAAUUGCUUGAAGAAAAUGGUACUGAUUAUUGGUGGAUGCUAAACGAAGAAAAAUUGUUACCAGAAAAUCUUCGAAAAAAUAUUAACAUUUCUGAAAUAAGGAAGAGUGAGGAUAUUCUAGAUAUUUGGUUCGACAGUGGCAUUUCUUGGUCGCAAGUCAUUGGGGGAGACAAAAUUGCCGACCUUUAUCUUGAAGGAAAUGAUCAGCUAAACGGUUGGUUCUAUUCUUCCCUGAUAACCUCCCUUGCCUGCAGAAAUGAGCCCCCUUGUAAAUCGAUCUAUAUUCAUGGUUUUGCCGUUGAUGAAAAGGGUUUAAAAAUGUCGAAAUCGCAAGGGAAUGUUGUAGAUCCGAUAGAUAUUGUAAACGGGAAGAAGGGACAAAAACCUUAUGGAAUAGAUGUUUUAAGAUGGUGGGUCUCUUGUCAUGCUAAUAACGCUGCUCAAAUAAACGUCAGUGAUAAUGUUCUUCAAGUAUGCUCUAAGGAAGUACAGAAAAUAAGAAGUGUUUUACGGUUUAUAUUAGGAGCGUUGAAUGAAUAUGAAGAGGCAGAUCAAGAAUAUUCAGAUCUCUUGUUUUUAGAUAAGUAUAUUUUGCAUCUACUACAUGAUUUUUAUCACGAAUUCAAGUCCCAUGCUGAAGAAUAUGCUUUUAAUAAAAUUGGAAAAUCGGUUGUGAAUCUUCUUACAAACGAAAUAUCGGGACUCUAUUAUCCAGCUAUCAAGGAUAGAUUGUAUUGUGAAGCCCCUAAUAACUCGGCAAGAAUAGCUGCGCAAUACACGCUUAAACAAAUUUUGGAUGUAAUAAGUUUGAGUGUAGCGCCAAUGUUACCUCAUUUGAUUGAGGAAAUAUAUAUGAAUAGUACAACGAAGAAGGGAGAAAGUUUCUUCAAAACACACCAUAAAGGAAUUAAUUGUGAUUGGAAAAAUGAUGAAGUGAAGGAAAUAAUGGAUAUUGUCCUUGAUAUAAAGAAAAAUUUCAAUCUUCAAUUGGGAUCUGCAAGCAGCUCGAUGGACGUUAACAUUAAAUUAUCAACUGAAUUAUUCGAGAGAAUUCAGAAAAUGAACACCUUGGAGCAAUGGAAAUAUGAAUUAUCGAUUAUUCUCCUGUGUGCAAGUGUGAAUAUUUCGAAAAAGGAAGAUCUUGUUAAAGAUUAUCAUCUAGAAGUUGCCAAAAGUGGAAACUAUUCAUGUCCAAGGUGUAGAAGAAUGCAAUCUACUAUUAAGGAUGAUUUAUGCUUAAGGUGCUCACAAGUUGUUGAUACCUUGCAAAAUAAAGAAUAUUCUGCAGUGUAGUUAUACUUUGUCAUUUCUCAAUAUGUACCUAUUAGCUGGAGUGUACCAAGAUUUUUUUGUGUUUGUUCCUACGAAGGUUUGGUUGGACUUAUUUAUAUAGUAUUCA